GCUGCGGGGUCCGGGCCCGGCGGCCGCCUGCGGCGCGGCGCUCCUGCCCGGCGGGCGCUGCAUUCUCCGAGUCUCCACCAGAGGCUGCGGGAGGAAGGAAGGGAUCCGUCCCUUGCACACUUCCCCCCUAGUCAGACACGCACACUCCCUCGCUCCCGCUCGCUCACUCCCUCGCUCCCUCGCUCUCUCGCUCACACACACACACACACACACACACACGCACACGCCGCCGCGGCUCCCCCUCUCGCGCCCGCUCUCCCUCCGGCUCCUCCGGGCGGCCGCCGGGCUCCGGACUCGCCCGCCCGCGCCGGCUCGCCCGCCCCACGCAGCGUCCCGAGGCGGCAGGACCGGGGGCAGCCCCGGGCCGCUCCCCGAGGCUCGGUCCGGUCGGGACGGCCCCUAAUCCUCCAGGGACCCGCCCGGCCGCAACCAGCACCCCUCCGCGCGGGGACCAUGGCGCACGGCUGUCUCGAGAGCCGCGGGGGCGCCGCCUGGUGAUCCGGCCGCGGCGGCGCGAGGGGGGCGCGGGCGGGGACCCCGGGGGCCAGUCCAUGCCCCGGGAGCGGCCGCGCCCCCUCCCCCUGCAGCCGGGCGCCCCCGCCGCUGGGCGGCGCGCAGGGCCGCGGGCCUGUCCGGGUGCCCCGUCGGGGGCGGCGCCCCGGCGGCCGCGCUGAAGCCACCAUGUGACGCGGCGCCGCUCCGUGCUGCCACCGAGCGGCGACGCCCCGGUGCCUCCCGUCCAUGCUCCUGGGCCCCGGCCCGGCGCACGCCAAGCAUGAGGCCGCGGCCCGACGGUCGGGGGCUCCGGGCGGGAGCCGCGCUGUCGCCCGCGCUGCUGCUGCUGCUGCUGCUGCCGCCGCCGCCGCCGCUGCCGGGACGCCUGUGGGCGGCGGGCACACCCGCGCCGGCGACGCCCGGGGCUCGGCAAGACGGCGCGCCCGGCGCGGGCCGCGUCAAGCGCGGCUGGGUGUGGAACCAGUUCUUCGUGGUGGAGGAGUACACGGGCACCGAGCCCCUGUACGUGGGCAAGAUCCACUCGGACUCGGACGAGGGUGACGGGGCCAUCAAGUAUACCAUCUCAGGCGAGGGCGCUGGGACCAUCUUCCUGAUUGAUGAGCUGACGGGAGACAUCCAUGCCAUGGAGCGCCUGGACCGGGAGCAGAAAACGUUCUACACGCUGCGGGCUCAGGCCCGGGAUCGCGCCACUGACCGCCUGCUGGAGCCUGAGUCGGAGUUCAUCAUCAAGGUCCAGGACAUCAACGACAGCGAGCCCCGCUUCCUGCACGGCCCCUACAUUGGCAGCGUGGCUGAGCUCUCACCCACAGGCACGUCGGUGAUGCAGGUGAUGGCCUCGGAUGCGGACGACCCCACGUACGGCAGCAGCGCUCGGCUGGUGUACAGCGUGCUGGACGGCGAGCACCACUUCACCGUGGACCCCAAGACCGGCGUGAUCCGGACGGCCGUGCCCGACCUCGACCGCGAGAGCCAGGAGCGCUACGAGGUGGUGAUCCAGGCCACAGACAUGGCGGGCCAGCUGGGCGGCCUCUCAGGUUCCACAACCGUCACCAUUGUGGUCACCGACGUCAACGACAACCCACCCCGCUUCCCACAGAAGAUGUACCAGUUCAGCAUUCAGGAGUCGGCCCCCAUCGGCACGGCUGUGGGACGAGUGAAGGCCGAGGACUCAGACGUGGGCGAGAACACAGACAUGACUUACCACCUCAAGGAGGAGAGCGGCAGCGGCGGCCAUGUGUUCAAGGUCACCACGGACAGCGACACUCAGGAGGCCAUCAUUGUAGUGCAGAAGCGCCUGGACUUCGAGUCCCAGCCCGUGCACACCGUGGUCCUGGAGGCCCUCAACAAGUUCGUGGAUCCCCGCUUCGCUGACUUGGGCACGUUCCGCGACCAGGCGAUCGUGCGCGUGGCCGUGACCGACGUGGACGAGCCCCCCGAGUUCCGGCCGCCCUCCGGCCUCCUGGAGGUGCAGGAGGACGCGCAGGUGGGCUCCCUGGUCGGCGUGGUGACGGCGCGGGACCCCGACGCCGCCAACCGGCCCGUCCGGUACGCCAUUGACCGUGACUCGGAUUUGGAUCAGAUCUUUGAUAUCGAUGCGGACACGGGCGCCAUCGUGACGGGCAAGGGGCUGGACCGCGAGACCGCGGGCUGGCACAACAUCACGGUGCUGGCCAUGGAGGCUGACAAUCAUGCCCAGCUCUCCCGGGCAUCCCUAAGGAUCCGAAUCCUGGAUGUGAACGACAAUCCCCCGGAGCUGGCCACCCCCUACGAGGCAGCGGUGUGCGAGGAUGCCAAGCCAGGACAGCUUAUCCAGACCAUCAGCGUGGUGGACAGAGACGAGCCUCAGGGCGGGCAUCGCUUCUAUUUCCGCCUGGUGCCUGAAGCACCCAGCAACCCUCACUUCUCCCUGCUUGACAUCCAAGACAACACAGCAGCGGUGCACACACAGCACAUGGGCUUCAACCGGCAGGAGCAGGAUGUGUUCUUCCUGCCCAUCCUGGUGGUGGACAGCGGGCCGCCCACCCUGAGCAGCACGGGCACGCUCACCAUCCGAAUCUGUGGCUGCGACAGCUCCGGCACCAUCCAGUCCUGCAACACCACAGCCUUCGUCAUGGCCGCCUCCCUCAGCCCAGGCGCCCUCAUUGCCCUCUUGGUCUGUGUCCUCAUCCUGGUCGUGCUGGUGCUGCUGAUCCUCACCCUCAGGCGCCACCACAAGAGCCACCUGAGCUCGGACGAGGACGAGGACAUGCGGGACAACGUCAUCAAAUACAACGACGAGGGCGGCGGCGAGCAGGACACCGAGGCCUACGACAUGUCGGCGCUGCGGAGCCUCUACGACUUCGGCGGCGGCGAGCUCAAGGGCGGCGACGGGGGCGGGGGCCCGGCGGGCGGGGGCCCGGGCGGCGGCGGGGGCGCGGGCAGCCCCCCGCAGGCCCGCCUGCCCUCGGAGCACCACUCGCUCCCGCAGGGGCCGCCGAGCCCCGAGCCGGACUUCUCGGUGUUCAGGGACUUCAUCAGCCGCAAGGUGGCGCUGGCGGACGGGGACCUGUCGGUGCCGCCCUACGACGCCUUCCAGACCUACGCCUUCGAGGGCGCGGACUCGCCGGCCGCCUCGCUCAGCUCGCUGCACAGCGGCUCGUCGGGCUCCGAGCAGGACUUCGCCUAUCUCAGCAGCUGGGGCCCGCGCUUCCGGCCCCUGGCCGCGCUCUACGCCGGCCACCGCGCGGACGAGGCCCAGGCCUCCUAGCGACCCCGUCCUGCCGUCGGGGCGCGCCUCCAGGCCCACUGAGGGCCCGACGGGGCCCCGGGACCCAGCAUUUCCCCUGCUCACCCCCUUCCCCAGCUCUCCCAGCCUCCCAGGGCGGCCGGACGGGAGGGAGGACUCGUUGGGGGCGGACACCCCGGCGCCCCCGCUGGCCCCCCACCUCCCCUCCCAGGGGGUGGGGUGGGGCAGCUUUUGCCCAGACAUACGGGAAUUACCACCAACGUCAUUAAAACUGCAGCGAGACCCGGCACUGCGUGGCUCUGGGGUGAGAAGGGGGGAUAGGGCCGCGUUGCUGGGUGGAGAAGGGGGUGGGGGCUACUCACUCCUGGCAGGUGAGGGAGGAGGGAGGACGCUGCCGAGGUGUCCCCCCUCCCGGGUCUCCCCCAUCGGAGUUAAGAGAGAAGGAAGGCUGUUCAUUUACUAAGCGCCUACUGUGUGCUGGGACACUGCAGAGACCAUCUGUUUUCACAGAAACCAUGAGGUGGGGCCCUGCAGGUAACAGAGGGAGAAGGCCACCCAGAGAAGUGGCUGUGACCUGUCCAAGGACACCUAGCCAAAACGGUGGAGCCUCUGGCACUUAACUUACCAAGCUGCCUGGCCUUGGGCAAGUGACCUCACUUCUCUGGGCCUCAGUUUCCUCCUGUGUCACAUGAGGCUAAUAACAGAACCUACCUCGAAGAGUCCUGAGGAUUAAAAAAAAAGGGUUCGUAUGUGUCACGUGGUUAGGACAGUGCCUGGCACAUAGUAGGUGUUCAAUAAAUGUUAGCCUUUGACGCUA